AUGGGGCGCAGACACGAUAGGAAAGAGCAGGCGAGGCAGCUGAAGGAGCUGCAGGAGAAGAUGGCGGAGAUGCAGUUGGCGGAAAUGGAGCGUGUGCGGAAGGCGGAGGUUGCGGAUGAGGUUGCGCGAGUGCGCGCAGAGGAAGAGAAGGUGCGCGCAGAUCGAGAGAAAGAGAAGAGGCGGCGAAUGCGUGCGGAGAAGAAGGCUGCGGACGCAGCGUAUGAGGCUGAUCUGGCGGCUGUUCUAGCGAACGCAGAAAAGCUACUUGCUGCCAAUCAAGAGAAGUGGAGGCAGCAAGAGCUCGUGCUAGAGGAGGAGAGGCGUGCGAUAGAGGUGAUGGAUCGUGAGAUGGAGGAGCGGGCUCGCCGGCGAAAGCAGCUCCUGAAGGAGAACGAGGAGAGGAGGGUGGCGGGUGAGGAGGAAGCCAUCUUGUCACGGAAGGUCGGCGAGAAAAUGGCUGCCUUCAAUGGUGCUGCCAAUUUUCUUGGGUUUCUGUAUGAUACCUAUCAGCCCCGCGCCUUGCCAGACGUCUCCGCCGCCGACAAGGUUGCCGCUGAGAAGGCCGCCGCCGAGCAGCUCAACUCCCACGGGCGCUCCGGUGGCUUCGCCUCACGUGGUAGUCAUCGUGGUGGUCGUCGUGGUCUUGAUGGUCGUGGUCGUCUUAGUGGUCGUGCUCGUCGUGUUGAAGCUCCUGCUCGGCCGGACAAUUCGUCUCAGUAUGCCCGGGACUUUGUGAGCGAAGCCAAGACGGAUGACGUGCCUACCGCGGAGAAGGCAGCAGAGGAUCGUAAGAAAGCAAAAGCGUGGCAGACUGCAUCUGAAGCAGCUGCUGAAGCCUCUUCGCCGACACUUGCCCCCGCUGCUCCCGCCGCUUCUCAGGCCGCACCCACGCCUGCCGCCACUUCCGUUCCCCUCAAUAGCAUCAAGCCCAGCGAGGAAGACAAGCGGGCGGCGUUGGAAGACGACUGA